CAGCAGGCUAACAGGAAGUGGUUCAGACUCGCUGUAAACAGUCACCAGCAGUGAAGUUCACAUCGCCGGUCCGCUUCAUCCUUCAUCCACCCUCACGGACCUGACGCAGCUGAAACUCUAUCAUAGCCUCUAUUGAUCCACUGAUCUGCCAGCAUGGCAAGCGCCGACUCCAUCAGUGUGCGGGUGUUUUCCCUGAACUGCUGGGGGAUCCGGUAUCUGAGCAAACACUGCCCUGAGCGCUACGCCAUGAUUGGAGAAAUGUUGUUGAAGGAGGAACAUGAUAUUGUGUUGCUGCAGGAGGUGUGGAGCGAAAAAGACUAUCUCAACUUAAAGAAGAAACUUGCUUGCUGUCAUCCCCAUUCUCAUUACUUCAAAAGCGGAGUUAUAGGCAGCGGCCUGGCUAUUUUCUCCAAACACAGAAUCCACGACACGUUUGUGUAUCGCUACUCCCUCAAUGGAUAUCCUUACAUGCCUCAUCAUGGAGACUGGUUUGGAGGUAAAGCUGUAGGGAUGGCUGUCUUACGCCUCAACGACCUGACUGCACAUGUCUACGUCACUCAUCUGCAUGCAGAGUACUGCAGAGAGAAGGACGUUUAUCUACCUCACAGAGUGGUUCAGGCCUGGGAGCUGCAGCAGUUCAUUCGACACACCUCUGCUGGAGCGGACGUGGUCAUUGUUGGCGGCGACCUCAACAUGCACCCUGAGGACCUCGGCAACAAACUGCUGAGGUCUUACACUGGACUGCGAGACUCUUUUUCAGAAACGCCUAAAUUUGAGGGAUGUGAGAGCGGUUUAACUUUAAUAGCAGACAAUCCUUUCAUCAACGUAAAGGAGCUUGGCCCCUUUGAGAAAGGCAUCCGAAUUGAUUAUAUCCUCUACAAGGGUUCUUCCAUCGCGGACAUUCACUGUGACUCACUGUCCACCACCAGAGGCUCGGUUCCCAAUCACCCUUACCCGUACUCCGACCACGAGGCGCUCACCGCUGAGCUCCGGCUGGAGUCCCGCGCUCCAGCCGACACCGCCGGCGACGGGAAAUCAAAGAAUGAGGACUUAGCGCAAGAGAAGGUGGCUGAGCUGAUCAACAUAGUGAACGAGGCCCGUACCGAGGUCAAAGUGGGCCUGCACUGCGCCGAGCGGAUGCGCUACACGGCGGCGCGCACCGGAGCGAUGGGGCUGGCCCUGCUCUUCCUGGAGCUGGCCAUCGCGGCGGUGCCCUGCCUGGCUCUGGGGGCGGAGCAGCCGUUCCCCCGCACCUCCUUCUACCUGCUGGCUGCGCUGUGCUUCGCCAUCCUGCUGACCACCUUUCUGCUGUACAUCUUCUACACCACGGAGUUGAAGUCUCUCCAGGGUGCCGAGGACCAGAUGAGGCUGGCGGUCGGGAGUUUACAGGAGAAGCUGCGGGGCUUUCCCGUGGCUCAGCCCCAUAACGCCCCGCGGAGGCCUCCUGAGGGCCAGGACCCGCCCGCCUUCCAUCCAGAGGAGUAACGCAGCGGCCAAGUGGGUCAAAGUGGGCUCAGAGGAGCCUUUGAAGUCAGCUUUAAGAUGAACUUGUGGAGGGAGUGUGCUCCUCUGAAUGUGUUCCAGGCUUUAGUUUGACACUGCAGAAUGUACUGAAGGACGUUUCUUGAAGUUGUGCAGGACACACACUUUGACAUUUUUACGCUUUUCUAUAGCCGCCUGCUUCAGUUCCCUCUAUACAUCCACACUAAACUCAUGCGCUUCCAGUUUCCCGGUGAGAUGCUUCUGUUCUCCUACCAGAGCUGGUAAAUGUGACUGUUUAUGUUUUUAAGCCUUGGGUCCGACUUGCAUUCCACGCACCAGUAGUUCCAUUGGGACCAGUUAUUUUCUUCUUCUUCUUUAAAAAAAAAAUUGUCAUUGCCCUCUUUUUGCAGUUUGAGGGAAUGAUGCGCAGUCAGUGAGUCUGUGUUUGAUGAUUUACUUGACAUGCUUCAGAACUUAAACAGGGAGUGGCCCUGUGACCUCCACUGCACACAAAGCACAAACACUCCAAGUGAAGGUGUAUAUUUUUGUCAUCUUAAAUCCCUGUAGGUCAGAUCUCUCUAGAUUUAGUCUCGUACUGUAAGAAUCCACUUACGCCAGUGAGGAGUGUUUGUUGUAGCGUAUGAGCUAUCUGAAAGCCUCAGUUCUUGCAUUCACAGUUCUGAUGCACUCCCGUCCUGUAUCUAAUGAAGCAGCAUACAGUGGCAGUACACUAAAAAUAUUCUGCACUUAACUGUUUUCUGAUCUGAUCACAUGAAUCGCUCUCAUGAAGCAACACUUUGUAAUUCUAAUGAAGCAAUAAUGAAUCAAAAAGAAAGCUUAAUAUAUUCUUAGUGUGCAUUGCACUUAGUUGAUUAACUUAAUCUUUUUUAUAUCUGUAUAUGGAAGCAGGGUUUCAUCCUGCUGGGAAAACAUGACUGUUUUUUAUUGUUUCAGAACAGUGAUUGCUGAUUAAUGUAGAAGUUCUCAUUACUGUUACAUUUCGUUGACAUAACUGUGGUAGACUGUGUCUGUAGUUCAAAUGCUGACAUUAUUGAUGACUGACAGCAGAAUAUGAACUUUUAUGAAUGCUGCUGGUUAGAAGUAGAAGUCAUCGCAUGAUGCCUUUUUCUUUUUAACUGAUGUUCACUUCUUCUCCACUAGAGAGCAGCCUGAGUCAACGUGACAGAACGGUUUAAAUGAAAGCAGCUCCUUGUUUGAAUGAAUCCCCAAACCUGCAGAAUGGCAACAAAGCAUGCGGGAGGUGAUUUAGCCAGAUCUGACAUACCAGCCGGCACUUGUUCACCUGGAGGGCAGGAACACCCACGGGUGUGGCGCUUAAAGAGUUCUUACUUUUCCCAGCACACAAAGUAAUGUGUUGGGCCGGCAGGGAAACCUCUCAGACUGAUAGAUUCACCACAGCUUUGCAGUUUGAAGCUCACAGAGAAGAACAUGAACUGAACUCAUUAGUGGGGACAGCAGUCCAGCAAUAAUUAUGAAAAUCUACCUAAAAAUGUUCAAUGUGAAGAUUCUCUUCCUGUUUGCACCUUUUCAGCACACGUCUUACACCAUCACUGAGUUACAUACUGGCUGUAUUUAUACUUGUUUCACACCUAAUCCUGUAUUUUAUUUUCCUGUUUUUGAAAACUGAGAAAUCAGUUUUUUCCCCAUACUUUGCUGUGUUGUUUCGUUGUUAUUUGCUGUGUUUGACAGGUGAGGAGUGAAAUGCUGAGUUCAGGUCCGGAAACACCAGAAACUCCUUUUUACUUGACUCUUACUGGGUCUGCACUCGGCAUUUCCACUGUGAGGAGUUUUUCUGUCCCUCAUAUCAAAUCCACUGUGUGAAACUUUAUACUUAAUUGUAAUGGUUUUGUGUUACAGGAUGUAUCUUUCAAAAAUGGUAAUAAAACUUUGAAGUGCA